CCCGGCGUGCGAGCGUGUAGCGUUUCUCCCGUGAUUUCCACACGCAGCAGCAGCGGCGAAAGCAACCACAACAACCACACCAAAAACAGCAACAAUAACAACAUCCCCAACAACAACAACAACAAUAGCAAUACAAAUAGAAGAGAACCAGCGGCAAACGGUUUUUGCUGCGCUUCUCCUAUUUUAAGUGCCGAGCGUUUUACUAUUUUUACUACUCAGCGAUACACACGAACACACACCGCUGUGUGUUUGUUGCCGUGCGUUGAGCUAUAACAACAAUAACAGCCGAAAAACCGAGGACUACAACAACAAGAACGAACGAAACAGUGUAAAAAUGCUACAUAGUGAAACGAUCUUCCAUAAAUAUGUAAAUACCGAAAUAUAUUCGAGGACAUAAUUGGCUAGAGAAAUCUGUGUUUUUCGAGUGCAAAAUGCAAGGAAACUGCAGGGAGAACAAAAACAACCGCAGCCAUGUUGGAGAGCCGAAACUAGGCUAAAUAUCUUUGCAUACUUUUGGGAAAGUUGUGCACACACACACACACACACUCAGAGACGCAGAGGACAGACACACAGACACAGAUACAGCGGCAGGACCUGCGCCUGCGGUCGCCGACAUUUGAACCUGCUUUCUGACCGUUGACCGCCGGCCGCCUCUUUUCACUUUUGGCAACGCGAAGAUGAAAAUGUGCACCAAAGUGGCUAAAGAGCUGAAAAAGGCAUAAGAAGCAGCCGCAACCACACACACAGACACACAUACAGCAAAUAGAGGAGGAGCCGCAGAGAAGGGCAAAAGCGAAAGGAACGGGUUCGCAGAACUGCAGUUCAACAGCCUCCGGGUCCGUGGCAAGCUCAACUGCAAAUUCGGCCAACACAGCAGUGCAUCUGUGUCUGUAUCCGUGCGCCCCUGCAUCUGUGUCCGUAUCCGCAUCUGUAUCUGGUGACUCGGUGUGCGUGUAUCUGCAGCUGCAGCUCUGCAGCGAACGGAGGAGGGAGAACGGCGAAAAUUGUGUCAGCAGCAUCGGCAGUGAGCCGUUCUGCAGCUCGUCAGACUGGCGCCUCCAUCUCCGCUUCGGAUUGCCGCUACAGCACAAAACCACAGCCAAAUCGAACGCAACAAAGCUUCCAGAGUUAGGCCAACGAGGAGGAGGAGUGUCCAGUUUCUUCCAGGAGGAGCAGCAGAUCCACACACAUACCAUAGUUACUAGUAGCCAGAACGCAGCCAGCCAUGCAGUUGCUACUCAAGUCGAUCUUCACCUGCGCACUUAUUGUGAUCUUCGUGUACGCCACCGCCCAGUCGCUGAUCGAGCUCCACAGGAACGAGUCGCGGCAGGAGCUCUAUGGCAUCAGCAGAAAUCUCAGCCAGGAAGGCCAGAGCUCCUUCCUCAGCCGAAGGCUGCGGCAGAUUAGUCUAGGAGAGGAUGCCGACGAGGGGAUUGAGGACCCCGAUGGGAGCCUUGCGAAAAAAGCAGAGAGCGACUUAAGUCCGGACAAGGAGGAGCUGCGCGAGUGCAAGCCGGGCCUCGUGCUGCCUCUGUGGCUGCCACAGCGCAACAUCUCCGUUGGCGACCGCCUCCUCCGAGGCUUCGCCUACUUCCUGCUGCUCAUCUAUCUGUUUGUGGGUGUGUCCAUAAUCGCCGACCGGUUCAUGGCCGCCAUCGAGGCCAUCACCUCCAUCGAGCGAACGGUGACGGUGCGAGGGCCCCACAACGAGAAGCAGGUGAUGCAUGUGCGCAUCUGGAACGAGACGGUGGCCAAUCUCACGCUGAUGGCCCUCGGCUCCAGCGCCCCCGAGAUCCUGCUGUCCGUGAUCGAGAUUUACGCCAAGGACUUUGAGAGCGGCGACCUUGGACCCGGAACAAUCGUGGGCUCGGCCGCUUACAACCUAUUCAUGAUCAUCGCCGUGUGCAUGAUCUGGAUACCAGCUGGUGAGGUGCGCCGCAUCCGGCACCUGCGCGUCUUCUUCGUGACCGCCGCGUUCUCUAUCUUCGCCUACGUCUGGCUGUGGCUCAUCCUGUCCGUGUUCACGCCCGGCAUCAUCUUAGUGUGGGAGGCGAUCGUGACGCUGCUGUUCUUCCCACUGACCGUUCUUUGGGCCUACAUCGCCGAGCGUCGCCUGCUGGUGUAUAAGUACAUGGACAAGAACUACCGGGUCAACAAGCGCGGCACUGUGGUCGCCGGCGAGCACGACCAGGUGGAAAUGGGUGCGGAGAAGGGCACCAAGCAAUCGUUGGCCAUUACUCAGCGCGACAACGAUGCCGAGGCCUUCGACGAGGCCCGUAAAGAGUACAUCAGCCUGCUGUCUGAGCUUCGUCAGAAGUAUCCUGAGGCCGAUCUUGAGCAGCUGGAGAUGAUGGCCCAGGAGCAGGUGCUGGCGCGGAGCAACAAGUCGCGCGCCUUCUACCGCAUCCAGGCCACCCGGAAAAUGGUCGGCAGCGGCAACCUGAUGCGCAAGAUCCAGGAGCGGGCCCACAGCGACCUCACCGAGGUGAAGGCCCAGCUCCACCCAGCCGACGACGACGAUAGCGAUGAUCCCACCCGCAUUUACUUCGAGCCGGGUCACUAUACGGUCAUGGAAAACUGCGGAGAGUUCGAGGUGCGUGUGGUGCGGCGCGGCGACCUCUCAACGUACGCGACCGUUGAAUAUGAGACCCAGGACGGCACCGCCUCCGCCGGCAACGACUUUGUCGGCAAGAAGGGCAGCCUCAGCUUUCCGCCGGGCGUGGACGAGCAGCGCUUCCGCAUCGAGGUGAUCGACGACGACGUUUUCGAGGAGGACGAGUGCUUCUACAUCAGGCUGUUUAACCCCUCCGAAAACGUCAAGCUCUCUGUGCCGAUGAUGGCCACCGUCAUGAUCCUGGACGACGACCAUGCCGGCAUCUUCGCCUUCACUGACUCGGCCUUCGAGGUCUCGGAGUCCGUCGGUCGCUACGAACUGAAGGUAAUGCGCUACUCCGGUGCCCGGGGCACCGUCGUCGUGCCCUACUGGACAGAGGGGGACACCGCCAUCGAGGGUAAGGACUUUGAGGAGAUACAUGGUGAACUGGUCUUCGAGAACAAUGAGUCAGAGCAAGUCAUCGAACUCUUCAUUCUGGAGGAGAGCAGCUACGAGAAGGAUGUCAGCUUCAAGGUCUUCAUCGGAACACCCGAGUUGGCGCCAGAUUCCACUCACUACCAUGACACUAACAAGGAAUCAUUUUUCAAUCGAUUUUUUGAAAAACACGAACACUCUGGAGAUCCCACUCACGACGACAUGGCAGCCCAAAUCAGGGCGGUGGAAAAGAAGAAUGCAAACGAGCUGACCGAACUGGAUCGCAUCCUGUUGCUGAGCAAGCCAAGGACCGGGGAGCUGUCCACCGCAACCAUACGCAUCCGAGAAAGCCAGGAAUUUAAGGCUACAGUCGACAAACUGGUGGCCAAAGCGAACGUCUCCGCUGUCCUCGGCACAUCCUCCUGGAAGGAGCAGUUCAAAGAUGCCCUCACCGUCAUUCCAGCCGACGAAAGUGAGUUCGACCGCGACGACGACACCUUGGAGGAGGUGCCCAGCUGCUUCAACUACAUUAGCCACUUCUUCUGCCUCUUUUGGAAGGUAAUAUUUGCAUUUGUGCCGCCCACAGACAUUUGCGGCGGCUAUGUGACCUUUGUGGUGUCCAUAGUCGUUAUUGGCGUCAUCACCGCCAUCAUUGGGGACGCCGCCUCAUACUUCGGCUGCACUCUCAAUAUCAAGGACUCGGUUACCGCCAUCCUGUUCGUCGCCCUGGGCACCAGCAUACCAGACACAUUUGCCAGCAUGAUAGCGGCCAAGCACGACGAGGGAGCAGAUAACUGCAUCGGAAACGUCACGGGCAGCAAUGCGGUUAACGUAUUCCUGGGCAUCGGCUUGGCCUGGACCAUCGCAGCCGUAUACCACAGCUCGCAUGGCAUGACGUUCAACGUUGAGCCUGGAACAAUCGGCUUUGCUGUGGCGCUAUUCUGCGGCGAGGCCCUGAUUGCCGUUCUCCUCAUCAUGGUUCGGCGCUGUCACAAAGGCAUCGGCGCGGAGCUGGGCGGCCCAAAGGUCUCAAAGUACAUCAGCGCAGCGAUCCUCGUAUUCCUCUGGGUCUUCUACGUGGUCAUCUGCAUAUUGGAGGCCUACGACAUCAUCCGCGUCUAAGGAGCCCAUUGCUCUGGCCGCAUUUGGAGCGGGCUCUGUUCGCAUUGUUCGCAUUGGCGUUGGAAAGAGUUUGAGAAUAAAUUUAUAUGUAUCUUAUGUAAAAUUUAUGUUAAUACUAAAAGUAAAAUUGUAUUGUUAAAUAGGUUUAAGUCAGGCUUACAUACAUAAAACAACAAAUUUUUACGAUUACUCACUCUAUUGAUAUAUGAAUUGUAAAUACAGAAAUGCUGCCACGGCUCAGCAAUCUUGUAAUUGUAACGAGAUCAUUUACUGUUAUGCCACAUAUACUUAAUUUACUAUUAAAUUACGGUUAUCUUUAUUGUA